AUGGGAAGCAGUAAUCAAGAACCGGGGGUGAGCCUCCGGACGGAUGGCUGGCUACAGAAGCCUAUGGAUAGCCUCAUGCAGAUCCCGGAUAAGAUCCAAAACUCUCUCAAGCUACAUUUUGGGCGUUUCUUGAAGAUGGAUGGUGUUAGCGGUGGCGGUAUCAAGGCACAAAUGCCAUCAGAAAAGGUGAGGGUAUCAUAUACCGCUGCUGCUGCUUCAGAGGAUAGCUUGGACCGGCAGCUCCAGGCUUGGAGGGACAAUCCUAGUUGGACUGAUCAGCCUCCAGAAAUCAAGGUGACUGUGCCACAAGGCUCUCUUUGCAAUCUUAAUCUAAAAUUUAAGGCAGGAUUGCCACCGGAUGCAGUUUACAACAUUAUAAUUGACCCGGAGAACAAAAGAGUGUUCAAAAAUAUCAAGGAAGUGGUGUCAAGGAACGUGUUGCUUGAUGAAGGAUCAAGGCAGAUAGUUGAAGUGGAACAGGCAGCGAUAUGGAAAUUCCUUUGGUGGUCCGGCAUCUUAUCAGUCCAUGUUUUUGUUGACCAGGACAGAAGAAAUCACACUGUGAAGUUCAAACAAGGGCGAAGUGGUUUUAUGAAGAAGUUUGAGGGUUGCUGGAAAAUAGAGCCCCUGUUUGUUGACAAGGAAGCAUGCCUUCCUCUUGAUCCACAUACGCUGGAAGAAUAUGAUUCUUGUUCUGCUGGCAGAGGAAGAGUUGGAUCUGCCAUUACCUUGGAUCAGCUUAUUGAGCCUGCUCUGUUGCCCCCACAGCCCAUCGCAUGGUAUGUGAGAGGGAUUACCACAAGGACGACCGAGAUGCUGGUGAAUGACCUAAUAGCGGAAACUGCUCGGCUGCGAGGCCUGGCAAGCAAUGGGGAUGCCAACCAGCAUACUGAAGAAAAUCAUGAUGUUAAUGGAGACGUUCUAACAGAAGAUUGUAAUGAUGUUAAGGAAAGGUGGCGACAGAGAAGAAAAGCUGGACGACAGGGAAGUUCCCUUAGAUUGACAAGACAACAGGGGCAGGAUAAACUAUCAAGCCUGAUCAAUGUAUAA